AUGGGCGAACUUUUCGAAGAUCAUUUGAGCCCGAUUGCCCCCUGCCCCGGUGUCUCACCGUUCCGCCAUCGCUCACAAACACCCGGCCACGAUGGCGGUGACCACAGAGAUGCCGCCUCCGUGCCGUGCGGUGGUGGUGGCGCUGUGAAGGUAGCUGUUGUGGUGCUACUGUGCGCCGUUGCUACCGUCCUUGCCAGCCGGCCAGAGUCCGGACCAGCAAAGACCGGUAAAGUCACCGCCGACAGCGUAACCGCUGUUAGCGGUCCGACCGCUAAACAAUCCGUCGUCAGCACGGCUCCAAACAGUAGCGCCAAGAAGGCGUCGUCGCAUGGAAAGCGUGAGGUGGCCAGCUACGGAUACGGAGCGCACUUUCCGCAGCACAGCCGGUACAGCUUGGGAGCCCAUUCGGGACAUCCGUUGUCGUCGGAACUGUACGCACCGGCGACCGGUCACGGAGCGUACAGUUACAGCAUUCCGCAGCAUUCGUCCUUCCCGGUGCACGGAUCGUACGGCGGAGGACACAAACUGUUUGCCAGCCCAGCGGCCAGUCUGAAGUACAGUCAGCCAGGAGGAUCAUCGCAUGCCUUCUUCGCACCGAUUGUCCACCAUCACCAGCCACAAGCGCAUUCAUUCAGCGGAUUCUCCGAACCGAUCGGUCAUCCGAUCAAGUAUGGUAGCAGUUUCAGUUCGAACGAUCUCACCGACAUCCUAAAGAAGCUCCAAUCGGUUGGUCCACUUACGAUCAAAGCCAUCCCCAGCAGUUUCGCUUAUGGAUCGUUUGGAGAUCACCACGAGCAUGCCAGUCCGCUGUUGUUCGACAGUAACUCGUUGCACUUGAAACCGACGGCGUUCAAGGUGCAAGAGUUCCCUAGUUUCCACUCGGGCUUACCACAAGCAGCUGCUCUAACCGCUCCUGGACCGGGUCCAACAUCUACUUCCUCGACUUACGGACAUCUUUCGCACUCGGUGGCCUAUGAACCAUCGUACGCAAGCGGUGUCAAGGGUCUACGUCACUAUUCCACACCGAACGUACCGGAACGGGAUCUUUACUCCGGCAACAAGUACAUCUCCUCCAUUUCUCUGCAACAACCGUCCAGUGCAACGAUGGUUUCUCCACUCCAUACCUCGGUACACUCGACCUUCAGCACCCAGAAACCGUUUAAACCAUCGACGUACCUUGGUUCCUCGCAUGAAACCAUCUCGGCACCUUCCAAUUCCCAUGCCCAGACGCAUCCAAUUCCCACGGGAUCCUAUCUGGCGCCAUCGCUCCAGUAUCUUCCCGCCGUUAGCAGCAAGCAGCCUCAUCAUACGCACAAGCUAAGCUACGAUUCACCGGCCAAGCACGGUUAUCUGCCACCGGCACCACCAACAACCAAUGCUUAUCUGCCACCACUGUCACAUUCCAAACCGCCACCAGCCAACGGUUACCUGCCUCCCGUGUCCGCUGCUGGCCAAUCCAACUACAUCCCACUCCACACGUCGGCCGGUUCCUCUUCACCGGGUUCACACGAGGAUACGGUUCGUAGCAAACCGAUCGAGGUCCAGCAUCAUCACCAUUAUCAGCAACAGCAGCAGCAGCAUCAUGAGGAAUCUCACGAGAGCAUCGAUUACAGUGGGGCAACUGCCGCUGCUGCACCAACGCCAACCGCUGCACCUGCUACGCACCACUGGAAGCAUUAA